UAAGUGGCCAACAUAAGAAAAGAAUUUAAAUUUGUAGCCCUUUCUUUUUUCCCAAGACUUCUUUCUGCAUCUCUCUCUAUCUUAUUCCUUCACACAAACAACGAAACUCCCCGACGUCCGUUAUCUCCGAUCCCGAUCAUCGUUACGCCUUCACUCCGCAUAGAUAUGGCUUCAUCAUAUCUUCCAGCCACAACAGAAUCACUUGAUCUGGCUUCAGAAGCCAAAAACCGACCUGAAGCCAUCACCAUACUCUACCGCAUUCUAGAAAACCCUGCAUCUUCUUCUGAAUCACUGCGUGUUAAAGAACAAGCAAUUGCAAAACUCUCAGAACACCUCAGAGAAGAAAACAGAGGAGAAGAUCUCCGUGGUCUUUUAACCACACUAAGACCAUUUUUUUCCCUCAUCCCCAAAGCCAAAACAGCAAAAAUUGUAAGAGGAAUCAUAGAUUCCGUUGCAAAGAUACCAAAUUCCACUGACCUUCAAAUAUCAUUAUGUAAAGAAAUGGUGGAAUGGACCCGAUCUGAGAAACGUACUUUCUUGAGGCAACGUGUUGAAGCAAGACUUGCUGCUUUGUUAAUGGACAGCAAGGAGUAUUCAGAAGCUUUAACUCUUCUUUCUGGUUUGGUAAAGGAAGUGAGAAGAUUGGAUGACAAGUUGCUUCUUGUUGACAUUGACUUGUUAGAAAGUAAAUUGCAUUUCUCAUUGAGAAACCUCCCAAAGGCAAAAGCUGCACUUACUGCUGCUAGAACAGCUGCAAAUGCAAUCUAUGUCCCACCUGCACAACAGGGAACCAUUGAUCUACAGAGUGGGAUUCUUCAUGCUGAAGAGAAGGAUUAUAAAACUGCAUACAGUUAUUUCUUUGAGGCUUUUGAGGCGUUUAAUGCACUUGAUGAUCCUAGAGCAGUUUAUAGUUUGAAGUAUAUGUUGCUAUGUAAGAUCAUGGUGAACCAGGCUGAUGAUGUGGCAGGGAUAAUUUCGUCAAAAGCUUUGAAGUUUUUAGGCCCGGAACUUGAUGCAAUGAAAGCUGUUGCUGAUGCUUAUUCAAAAAGGUCUUUGAAGUUGUUUGAAACUGCUCUUCAAGAUUUCAAGGCACAGUUGGAUGAAGACCCAAUUGUUCAUAGGCAUCUUUCCUCCCUCUAUGACACACUGUUGGAGCAAAACUUGUGCAGGUUGAUUGAGCCAUUUUCAAGGGUUGAGAUUGGUCACAUUGCGAGCCUGAUUGAGCUGCCGUUGGAUCAUGUGGAGAAGAAACUGUCGCAAAUGAUUUUGGACAAAAAGUUUGCAGGGACACUGGACCAGGGUGUUGGGUGCCUCAUCAUCUUUGAUGAUCCAAAGACUGAUGCGAUCUUUCCUGCUACUCUGGAGACCAUUCAGAACAUGGGUAAAGUUGUUGACAGCUUGUUUGUCAGAUCUGCCAAGAUUAUGGCAUAAUCUUUCUUGCUUCUUUGUACUUUGAAAUUUGAUUAAGAAGACUUAAGACUUUGUUAGACAGUAAUCAUGUCUUGCUAAAUCUUUCUACUUUUAUUAUCAUCUCUACUUGUUUC